UUUAGUUUCUACUGACGCUACCCGACGUCCACGUUGAAGUAUUUGACAACAAAACGUGUUAUUGUUUGACUCCAAGGACGGAAUUAAAAGUGGUACUGUCCUCGAACGCACACUCCGCCAGCAGGAGAGGGAGGGUCAACAUGGCGUCCGAGCAGGAGAGCUCCAACGGGCCGGGGAAGAAGUCCAUGCGGGAAAAGGCCAUCGAGAGACGAAACGUCAACAAGGAGCACAACAGUAACUUCAGAGCGGGCUACGUCCCCAUUGAGGAGGAACGUCUCCACAAAACGGGCCUCCGAGGACGGAAAGGCAACAUGGCCGUGUGCAUCAUUGUCCUCCUCUUCCUCCUGGCCUUGAUCAACCUCAUUAUCACGCUGGUGAUUUGGACGGUGAUCCGCAUCGGUCCCAAUGGCUGCGACAGUAUGGAGUUCCAUGAAUCGGGUCUUCUACGCUUCAAGCAGAAAGCGGACAUGGGCGUGGUCCACCCGCUGCACAGGAGCACCGUGGGAGGUCGUAAGGACCAGGACCUGCUCCUGGUCGGUAACAACAACCCGGUGGUCUUCCAGCAAGGCACCUCCAAGCUGAGCGUGGACAAAGACAAGACGUCGGUGGUCAGCGACGUGGGGAUCUCUUUCACCGACCCUCGCACUCAGGCCACCUUCUUCAGCACUGACUUCGACAACCACGAGUUCCACCUGCCCAAAGGCGUCAAAGUGCUGAGCGUCAAAAAGGCGUCCACGGAACGGAUAACCAGCAACGCCGCGUCUGACCUCCACAUCAGGGGGGACAGCAAGGCUAUCAUUCGCGGCAACGAGGGCGUCAACAUCAUGGGGCGCACCGUCGAGUUCAAGAUGGGUGGAGAUAUCGAGCUCAGAGCUGAGAACAGCAUCGUCCUCAACGGGUCGGUCAUGUUCAACGCCACGCGCAUUCCCAACUCGGAGGGCGACGUGUACUUUGACGGCGCCACCGAGAGGUACAAGCUGUGCAUGUGCGCCGACGGGACACUGUUCCGCGUGCGGGUGAAGUAUCCCAACAUGGGUUGCCAGACGUCCGACAACCCGUGUCAGAACACUUACUGAGGACACCGGACUGGGGGGAGAAAAAAAAAAGCUUAUUUUGAUACGGUUUGUUUUUCAUGGCUUCUAUAGGAAAUGGUUAUGUUCUGGAAUAGCAAAUCCAACAUAAGUACAGUUUCACUAGUGUUGUUAUUGAUAAACACUGACAUUAUUCAUACACUGUUACACUUUAUUUGGCAGCUGUGUGUGAUGCGUUUCCUGACCAGUGUGCAGUGAUUAGCAAGUAAUGCACUGCAGUCGUCCCUCAUUUAUCGCUGUUAAUUGGUUCCGGACAUAAACAGAUUUCCGCCAAGUAGAAAUUGAAUUAAAAAAAAAACUGUUUAUGACCUUCUAAAUACAUUUUUCAACAGUAUGAAAACCCUCUAGGCAUGAAUUAAACACUUUCUUUUAAAGGCCUACUGAAAUGAGAUUUUCUUAUUCAAACGGGGAUAGCAGGUCCAUUUUAUGUGUCGUACUUGAUCAUUUCACGAUAUUGCCAUAUUUUUGCUGAAAGGAUUUAGUAGAGAACAUCGACGAUAAAGUUCGCAACUUUUGGUGCUGAUAAAAAAAGCCUUGCCUUUACCGGAAGUAGCAGACAAUCUGCGCGUGACGUCACGGGUUGUGGAGCUCCUCACAUCUGAACAUCGUUUACCAUCAUGGCCACCAGCAGCGAGAGCGAUUCGGAGCGAGAAAGCGACGACUUCCCCAUUAAUUUGAGCGAGGAUGAAAGAUUCGUGGAUGAGGAAAGUGAGAGUGAAGGAUUAGAAAAAAAAAAAGACUAUACAGUGGGAGUGAUUCAGAUGUUAUUAGUCAAAUUUACUAGGAUAAUUCUGGAAAACUUAUCUUCUUAUUGUGUUACUAGUGUUUUAGUGAGAUUAUAUGGUCGUACCUGUACAACCUGAAGGUCGGCCCCGCACCUUUCUUCAGCACCAGUCGAUGGGUGGCGGCGAGGCCCAUCUCUGCCCUUCCCAAGGGACCCUCUUCGAAACACUCUUUCAGAAUGAUCGCUGCAUAAUACACUGUACUUUGUGUGUGUGUGGUCCAAUCCAACCGUGUUCACUUGACAUCUAUGUUCCAUAGUAAAGCUUGACUGUCAUCUUUCGGGAAUGUAAACAAUGUGUUUGUGUUGCUAAAGGCGGCUGCAAUACACCGCUUCCCACCUACAGCUUUCUUCUUUGACGUCUCCGUUAUUCAUUGAACAAAUUGCAAAAUAUACAGCAACACAGAUGUCCAGAAUACUCCGGAAUUAUGCGAUGAAAACAGACGACUUAUAGCUGGGAACGGUGCUGGAACAAAAUGUCCACUACAAUGCGUGACGUCACGCGCACUCAUCAUCAUACUGCGACGUUUUUACAUGAUACUUCCGUGCGAAAUUCAAAAUUGCAAUUUAGUAAACUAAAAAGGCCGUAUUGGCAUGUGUUGCAAUGUUAAUAUUUCAUCAUUGAUAUAUAAACUAUCAGACUGCGUGGUCGGUAGUAGUGGGUUUCAGUAGGCCUCUAAUGGCCAUUACUAGUGUAGUAUGGAUAUUUUUUGUUUAGUUAGCCAUUUGUAUGCUUGAAAAUACUUAAUUUAGGGCACUAUUUUUUCCCCCUAAAAAACAGGUGAAGCCGUAAUACUUGAAGCGAGAUAUGGCGAGGGACAACUGCACGUGUUGACAUUUUUCUUCUGCACUUUUCGGACUGCCAAUGGACUCACAGGGGAAGAUUUAUGGAUUUAUUGAUUCUUAAACUUUGGUACGAGUAUCACUGGUAUUCAAUAAAACCAGAUAUUUUUCAAAAAUAUAAUUAUAAUAUUGACUGUACAUAUGAAAUAAUGGUGUACAUUUGUAUUUGUACUAUAUCAUUGUAAUUCUAUUUUAGAGACAUGCACAUAGGAAUUUCAUUUAAUUUUGAAUAUAAUAAAACAAGUUAGAGAGAAAAACUAUAUUUGAAUGAUCCUCACAGUAAAAAUGUUCAUUGUAUAUUCACAGCAAGUUACUGGCUAAUGAAUUGCAUUACUUUUACAAUAAUGUUUAUUGUAAUUUACUGUAACUGCAGAGCUGGGAUUUUACAGUUAAUUACAAUACAUUUUCAACUACAUCCUGUAACUUCACAGUUGAUAUUUUAUUAUUUACUGUCAUGGCGCCACUUGCUGUACAAGAGAAUUUAUUACAGAGGACUACGAGUACAGUAUUUUAUUUACUGUGAAAUAGUCAAUUGCUGCAAAAUAUAAUUAUAUAAUUUUUACAAUCAGUUGUUGUAAUGUUACAGCAAGUUUUGAAGACAUUAUUUUACUGUGAAAUAUAUUUUUUUACUCUGUUACAGUAAAUUUUGAUUACAAUAUUGUACUAUGAAAUAUAAGUAUAUCACAAAUUUACAGUAGUUUGUAAUAUUACAGUACAUUUUUUGUCCAGUAUUUACUGUGAAAUAACAGCCAAUUGCUGUGAAAUAUAAGGAUAUAUUUUUACAGUGAUUUACUGUAACAGCAAAAUUGAAAUAAAUUUACUGUAACAUAAGAAUAUUAUAGUUUUUUACAGUAUUUUGUUGUAAUAUUACAGUACAUUUUGAUUUCAGUAUUUUACUGUGAAAUAACAGCCAAUUACUGUGAAAUAUAAGGAUAUAUUUUUACAGUAAUAUGCUGUAAUGUUACAGUAAAUGUUGAAUACAGUAUUUUACUGUGAAAUAUAAGAAUAUAAUUUUUACAGUAGUGUGUUGUACUGUUACAGUAAAUUGCAAUUGCAUUAUUGAAAUAUGGAUAUCAAUUUUACAGUAACGUAAUGUUACAGUAACAUUUUAUUUCAGUAUAUUACUGUGAAAUAAAAGGAUAUAUUUUUUAUAAUUUGUUGUAAUAUCACAGUAAAUUUUGAUAAAAGUACUUUACUGUGAAAUAUAAGGAUAUCAUCAUUUUUACAAUACUUUGUUGUAAUAUAACAGUAAAUUUCGAUUUCAGUAUUUUACUGUGAAAUAGUAGUCAUUUGCUGUGAAGUAAGGAUAUUUUUUACAGUAAUUUACUGUAAUUUUACAGUAAAUGUUGAAUACAGUAUCAUAAUUUUCACAGUAGUGUUGUAAUGUUAAGAGUAAAUCAAAAUUAGUAUUUUACUGUAAAACAUAAGGAUAUAAUAAUUUUGACAGUAAAAUUUGAUUUCAGUAUUUUACUGUGAAAUAAUCUUGCUUAUUUCAGUAAGAUACUGAAAUCAAAUUUUACUGUAAUACUACAACAAAUUACUGUAAAAAGUAUCUUUACAUUUCGCAGCAAUUAUUUUUAUUUGGCGGUGAAAUACAGGGAUUUACUUUUUACAGUAAGUUGUAUUAUUACAGUAACAUUUGAUUUCAGUAUUGUACUAUGAAAACAGUCAAUUGCUGUGAAAUAUAAGGAUGCAUUUUACAGUAAUUUGUGGCAAUGUUCAAUAAAUUUUGACUACAGUAUUUGACUGUGAAAAAAUACUGGUACAUUUUUACUGUGCAGAUAACCUGAAAGUCAAUUCCAAUAAAAUGUUCCUCAGCUCGUACGUCACAAGCCACGUAUUGACGAUGAAACCAAAACAUAUUCUUAAAGGUACAAUUGGCACAAUCUCAUUUUUUUAAGCUCAUAUUUCCACAAGCGAGAGGAAAAAUGUUGCCCAGCUUUAAUGCAAGUUGUCAAAGUUAUAAACGUUGAUAAAGUGUUUUGGAUUUUGUGCAAUAUAAAUGAUUGAUGUGUAAGAAAAUAUGCUUUUGUUUGAAUAAAGAAAAACAUGUUGGA